AUGCAAUCGAUAAGACAGCUACCAGAUAUGCCUAUGAAUGACCACUUCUUUUCAUCACAUAAUCAGCAGCAUCAGCAACCUCCAGGGAUUGGACCUCAGCUAUUUUCGCCCCAGUUAAUGCAUGCUCGUUUACAACAACAACAACAACAGCAUCAGCCGCAGCAACAACCAAAUGGACUAGUAGGAGAUGCUCAUACAGUAGAUAAGAAUACUGGGCUCCAAAAUGUGUACCUGCUCAAGCAAAAAAUGGAAGCUGCGAAUGCUGCUUUUGGACCACAACAGAUGACCCAGCGCCAAAUGCAGCCCCAACAGAUGUUGAACAACGCGGGCCAGAACGGAAUGUCGAGCACACUGGGAAAUCUAAGUGGUCUUCCGCCUGGUGUGAAUGUGCUUCAACAAACAGCUGCUUCCAAUUUGGGCCCCCCUCCGGGAGCUUUACCCCCACAUCUGGUGGUGGAAAACUCGUUCGUCCUUCCCCCUCCUAACCAGUUCAUGGUGCGAGACGUGUGGAGCAAUAAUCUACAUGCUGAAUUUUCUCAGAUUCGGAAGCUUGUGGAUCAGUAUAGUGUGGUGUCUGUGAGUACGGAGUUUGUGGGGACAAUUGCAAGACCCAUGGGUAAUUUUCGCUCGAAAAACGACUACCAUUAUCAAACUAUGCGUUCAAAUGUUGAUCUUCUUAAUCCUGUGCAGAUUGGUAUCUCUAUAAGCGAUGCUCGCGGUAAUAAGCCCGAAACCGGCCCUUCUACUUGGCAGUUUAAUUUCCAGUUCGAUGUUACUCAAGAAAUGGUUUCAGCUGAGUCACUUGAGCUUCUGAAAAAGUCAGGCAUUAAUUUCGAACGUCAUCAAAAUUUAGGUGUGGCACCUUUUGAAUUUGCUCAACUGGUGAUGGACUCGGGGCUGGUAUCGGACGACAUCACUUGGGUCAGCUAUCACGCUGCCUAUGACUUUGGCUUCCUGGUUAACAUGUUGAUGAACAACUCCAUGCCCAACAAUAAGGAGGAUUAUGUUUGGUGGGUUCAUCAAUUUAUGCCUAAUUUCUACGACCUCAACUUGAUUAACAAGUUUGCUCAACAACAACAGCAGCAAGGCCAGAAUCAAAGUCAAUCACCAUCUCAGUUGCAGCCUACACUGGAAUCUAUGGCAGAUGAACUGGGCAUUCCUCGUCUUCCUCUCUUCUCAUCCACAGCCGGCCAAAGUCUACUGGCACUAUUGACUUUUACUCAUUUAUUCAAACUUCGCAUUCCUCAUCCUCAGUUGGGGCCAAAUAUCGCCAGGUACAAGAAUAUGAUCUAUGGAAUUACCAAUGAAUAG